AUGCGAUUCUUCACGUCGCGUUAAUUCCCAUGCGUCGACCCACAUUCAACAGUCAUCUUCUGUUUGGACAUUGCAUCUCAUGAUCUUCGCCUCUAUCGAGUUAUCGCACUCUGCGUUACUUAGGCAACCCAGCCAUCGUUGUCUUUUACAUGCACCCAACAGCAUAACGCCUCACCUCUCCUCGAUAUGUCCGUCGCCGAAACCCGAGAGCUCGAUGAGUUGAGCCACGAGAACGGCAGAAUCUCACGCGGCGAUGACGACAUGACGGAAACCAGCAUGGAGCGCAUGCAUGGAGACUCGCUGCCGCCUACGGAUCACGGACGCGGUGCCUAUCUCGCCCUCGCCUGCUGCACCGUCGCUCAAGCUCCCAUUUGGGGUGAGUUUGGCAACCUCGAGCGCGUUCCUUGACGGUCCCCCCCGCCUGGUCGCUAAGAAGACAGGGUAUUCGGUUUCGUUUGGCAUCUUUCAGGAAUACUACAGCAGCUCGUCGACCCGUCUCGACGCCACGCCCGGUGCCAUUGCGUCCAUCGGCGCCGCACAGAUGGGUAUCAUGUAUCUGAUGAUGCCCGUCGCCUUUCUCGCCCUCCAUCGUUACCCUCAUCUUCGGCGCUGGUGCGGACCGUUGGGCCUCGUCAUCACCGUGGCCAGCAUCUCCGCGUCGGCGUUCGUCAGCUCCGUCGCGGGUCUCAUUGCUACACAAGGCGUGCUUUACGCGCUCGGAUGCGGCCUGCUCUUCAGUCCCAUCUCCAUGUACAUGGAUGAGUGGUUUGUAGAGCGCAAGGGCUUUGCCUACGGCGUCAUGUGGGGAGGCAAGUCGGCCGUCGGGGUUGCCAUGCCGUUCGUCUUCAGCGCCCUGCUGCAGCGGUUCGGGCUUCGCGCGACGUUGCUGUCGUGGGCCGUGGCCUCGGCCGUGUUGACGUCGCCGACACUCGUCUUCCUGAAGCCGCGUGUGCCGCUGCCGAGGACCUACCAAGCCCGACCGCUGUCGUUUGGCUUCGUCCGCCACGCGCCGUUCUGGAUGAUGCAGAUUGGCAUCAUCACCCAGUCGUUGGGAUAUCUUAUGCCGAGCACCUACCUCGCCAGCUACGCGUCCGCCAUCGGCCUAUCGUCCGUCACGGGCCCCGUGCUCCUGGCCCUCUUCUCGCUGGCAUCCGUGCCCGGGGCCGUUAUCCAUGGCAUACUCGGCGACAGAAUGUCCGCGACAAAGGUGAUACUCAUCUCUUCACUCGGCAGCGCCCUGCCGGUGUUUCUUCUCUGGGGCCUCAGUCGGCAUCUCGCCAACAUGGUGGUCUUCGUCAUCCUGUACGGCUUCUUCGCUGGUGGCUUCAGCUCCACGUGGUCGGGCAUGCUGCACGAGAUCAAGCGCGACGACACCGGGACGGACACGGCCAUUGUAUUUGGCAUGCUGCUCGGCGGUCGGGGCGUAGGUUUCGUCCUGGGCGGUCCUGUCAGCGGCGCGCUUGUAUCUGCGGGUGGCGCGCUGACCGGUGAGACGCUGGGCUACGCGACCAAGUACGGGCCCAUGAUUCUGUGCACCGGCGUGACGGCCAUUUUGGGGGCGUGGGCGCCGUUUUGGAAGAUGAUUAAGAUUGCGAAAUCGAGAUGGAUUGGCGCUCAUACAGCUCGCAUCUCGGUCCGUCGUGACUGAAGCGUCGAAGGGGGAAGAGCGGCAUCGUCAGGCGACAUGGCUUUGCAUGGAUACGACACAAGCAUUUUGUGAUUAGGGCGAAAUCGUAGGGUGGCUACAAACGGGCAUUGACAGCAAAAUCAACCUUAUUGCGCUUCGUUUCUUGGUCGCUGUUGUGCAAAACGACGCCUCAGGCGGGAUGUCCGCGGCCUCUGCGCGCUCUUUAUGUACGAAGUACAGCGCGGCUGGUCUACUGCUGCUGUUGCAUUCAAGAUUAUGGUCCAUGCAGACAGCGUCACAAUUACAUCAAGACAAGCAGACUCGCCGAGACACUGUCUACUAAGUUAAUACCUCAAGUUCCUCAUUCAAAUCCGGGACUCCGUCGACUCUUUGACUUGCGUCUACCAUCUAUCAAGAACAACUUUUGACGAUGAUCUCGCUCUCGCUGGUCUUGUCAGCGUGUGUGUCCGCAGCCGCAGCCGCCGGCGACGCCUCGAACCCUCACCACUCUUGCGUCUGCUUCCUAUCCUCCGGCGUAUGACCGCGCGGUGCACUGACGGCGCGCAGUGUGCCGACUUGUGUAGCCGAGACAGCCUCCACGGGAAGAUACUGACUCCUGGAAGUGCUGCCUACGAUGCCCAGCUUCAGAUGUACUACUCCGCCAACGCGGCGCAGCGAGCCUGGUGCAUGGCGCUCCCUGAAAACACAUACGACGUUCAGGUCAUCGCCCUCGUUCUCACACGCCAUAAAUGCCCCUUUGGCAUAAAGUCAGGUGCUCAUUCAGUAUGGAAGGGCUCAAAUGGCAUCGCCGAGGGCGUGACCGUUGACUUUGGU